AUGGCCACUGGACCGCCUCCCAACUACUAUGCUAUUCUUGAGGUCGUAGAAUCAGCGUCGACGCAGCAAAUUCGAGAUGCAUACAAGAAAGCCGCGCUGAAAACCCACCCCGACCGGGUGCCCGCCGACUCCCCAGAGCGGCCCGCCCGCACGCGCAAGUUCCAGCUCGUCAACGACGCCUACUUCACGCUGUCCGACGCCACGCGGCGGCGCGAGUACGACUCCCAGCGCAAGCUCUUCGGCGGCUCGACGCCGUCCGACCCCUUCGCCGAGAACGACACCAACGGCCCGCAGCAGGGCGGCGGCCAGUCGGGCUUCAGCUGGGCGUGGAACUUCUUCUCGGGCCAGAACCAGGGCGGCGCGGGCGCGCAGACGGGACAGACGCGCCAGGAUGCCGAGAACGAGCAGUUCGGCGAUGUAUUUGAGGAGAUGCUGCGCGAGGAGGGCAUGGCGGAGCCGAACGGGCGGCCGACCAGCAAGUUCUGGGGCGUCGUCGGCGGCGUUAGCGGCGGCGCCCUGGGGUUCAUCGUUGCGAACGUGCCGGGCCUGCUGGCCGGCGCUGUAGCAGGGAAUAGGCUCGGCGCGGUGCGGGAUGCGAAGGGGAAGAGUGUGUAUGCGGUGUUCCAGGUGAGUGCGAGCGUGGAGGUGGGAUAG